AUGUCCUUGGUGCAGUAUCCCGACUCUGACUCUGAAUCUGGCGGCGAAGAGAAAGUCGCGUUUUUAUCAGCCCAGAAGCCCAAUACUGUGUUGAAGCGCAAGCGCAGCAAGCCCAGUAAUGAUGACCUCCCGCCGCUCCCGGCAGCAUUCCACGACCUCUAUUCCACAAACGCUCGCGUCACCACAAGCGACAAUCCCAGCCUGCAUGGCGGUCGUAAGCGGGCAGUUCCUCAUGUGGAAGGUAAUUGGCCGAGCCAUGUCUAUUUAGAGUGGGUCCCUUCACAGACCGAGUCUGAUAGUCUACACAGUUUGAUACAAACCAUCAAAGACUCCAUCAAGGAAGAGAACAUAAAGCGCGCAAAGCCGCUUCCUGUUCCUGACAUCAUACCUUCUCUGCAGUCAGAGCUUGGCGCACCCUUACCAUUACAUGUCUCGCUCUCACGGACACUGCAGAUCAAGACUGAUGACCGUGAGACGUUUCUUGGAACUCUGAGCAGCUCCUUGCGGAGAGCCGCAGUCCAAGCCUUCUACUUCGAUUUCCGUGGUCUGAAGUGGGUGCCGAACUUUGAGCGGAACCGAUGGUUCUUGGUACUCGGUAUCAGGAAGCCGGCGCAUGAUGAAUUGAACAGACUUCUCAGCGCAUGCAACGAAGCUGCGCAAACGUCCGGACACCCAGCAUUGUAUUCUGGCGGUAAGGGAGAUGGGCCGAUGGAGACCAACUCGCCCACUGCAGGUCCGCAUCUCAAACACGACAAGACUGAUCGCUCAGAAAACUUCCAUGUCAGUAUAGCUUGGAACCUCACAGAGCCCGAUACUGAAUGGGUAUCUUUGGUUCAAAGCAUGGAUGUAGACGAACACAUCCGCUUACCACAAGCAUCUUUUGACGUCGUAAAAGCACGGGUUGGGAAUGUGGUCCACAACUUCGAUCUAGGUACAAGGAAAAAUAGCCUUGGAACAGGGCGAGGGUCUCUGAGGCUGGGGUAA